AUGAAGAGCGCCGAUGCCUCUGUCCAGCCAGUAGUCGCUGAUGCAGAGACCGACAGCGACAGCGAGAAGAAGGGCUACUUUGCCUACUUUCGCACUCGCCAGUUCUACAUCGUCCUGCUCUUGGGCCAAAUACUCGCGCUCUGCAUCACGGCGACCAACACCUUCUCGGGCCUGCUCUCGUCCGCAGGAACCUCCAUCCCGGCCUUCCAGACGCUCUUCAACUACGUCCUGCUCACCCUCGUCUACACCUCCUUCACGCUCUACCGCUACGGCGCCCGCAAGUGGUGGUCGCAGCUCGUCCUGCGCGACUGGUGGAAGUACCUCAUCUUCGCCUUCUGCGACGUCCAGGGGAACUACUUCAUCGUGCUCGCAUACCGCUACACCACCAUCCUCAGCGCCCAGCUCAUCAACUUCUGGGCCAUCGUCAUGGUCGUCCUCAUCUCCUUCACCCUGCUGCGCGUCCGCUACCACUGGGCCCAGUAUGCGGGCAUCCUCGUCUGCAUCGGCGGCAUGGGCGUGCUCUUCGGCUCAGACCAUAUCACGGGUGCCAACAGCGGCGGGCCAGACAAGUCUCGCGGCGACCUGAUCAAGGGAGACCUGUUUGCCCUGCUUGGAGCUACCUUUUACGGCCUCACAAAUGUCGCGGAGGAGUACCUGGUUAGCAAGCGGCCGAUGUACGAGGUGCUCGGCCAGCUGGGCAUGUACGCCACCGUCAUCAUGGGCGUGCAGGCGGCCAUCUUCGACCGGGCCUCGUUCCAGCAGGCAGUCUGGAACGGCGCGGUGGCGGGAUACCUGGUCGGGUAUACGCUGUGUCUCUUCCUGUUCUACAGCCUGGCGCCAUUGCUCUUCCGCCUGGCCAGCGCGGCGUUUUUCAACAUCUCCCUGCUCACCAGCAACUUCUGGGGCGUCGUGAUCGGGGUCAAGGUGUUUGGCCUGCGCAUCCACUUCCUCUACCCCAUCGCCUUUGUGCUCAUCAUCAUCGGCCAGUUUGUCUACUAUCUCGGCAGACAGGUGCUCGGCGAGGCCAUGAAGCCCUGGCUGGGCGAGAACCAGGAGCAAGGUGUCAUCGGCAUCGGCACCGCCAGGAGGAGGAGAGAUCAUGGCACCAAUGAUGCUACUGCUGCCAGCGCUGACUCUAAUGUCUAA